AUGUCACAAAUUUCUCGAUACCCUUUGAUCAAACCUUGGAACUGGGGUUAUCACGGCACAGUUACUCAAAUCACCAGUAAGGAUGGUUCCAUCGAGAUUCCUUUGAAAGAAAAGAAUAAGUCCAUACCACUAGAUGAAUUUGUUUCCGAAUAUGUUCCUGCAUUGAAAGAUCAGGCAAAAUUUGAAUUGAAACCUUACUUGUUUACGGGUAUUUUACAAACUAUCUAUUUAAGUGCAGCUGAUUUCUCCAAGAAAUUCCCAGUAUUUUAUGGUAGAGAAAUUGUAGAAUUUUCUGAUAAAGGUGUUUGUACUGCUGAUUGGGUCAUGCCAGCAUGGGAAACCAAAUAUCAAUUGAAUAAAGAAACUGCUAGCUUCGAUAAAGUGAAUUUUAAUAAAGAUGAAGUAGAAACCCAUCCAGAAGGUUGGCCGCGUCUCCAACCACGUACCAGAUAUUUAACCGAGAGUGAAUUAGCAUCUGUCCACCAGGAUGACCGCCCAUUGGUCGUUUGUUGUCAUGGAUUGGCUGGUGGUUCUCAUGAACCCAUUAUUAGAUCUUUGACCCAAAAUUUGACUAGAUCUGGUAGAUUUGAAGUCGUUGUCUUAAACACCCGUGGUUGUGCUCGUUCAAAAAUCACUACACGUAACCUAUUUACUGCGUUCCAUACUAUGGAUCUUCGUGAAUUCGUCAACAAGGAACAUGCUAAAACUCCCAAUAGAAAAAUAUACGCUGUUGGAUUUUCAUUCGGUGCUACAAUGUUGGCUAAUUACUUAGGUGAAGAAGGUGAAAAGACACCAAUAACCGCCGCUGCUGUUCUAUGUAAUCCAUGGGAUAUGGUACAAUCAGGUAUUAAGACCAGCGACGAUUUUUGGACAAAAAAUAUCUUUUCCAAGAAGAUUGUAGAUUUCUUAACGAGAGUAGUGAAGGUCAAUAUGGCUGAGUUAGAAGUUCCAGAAGGUUCUAAACCAGAUCAUACACCAACUGUCAAAAAUCCAUCAUAUUAUACAUUCACUCGUUCCAAUUUAGAGAAAGGGAAAGAUUUCCAAUACAUUUCUGAUUUCGAUGAUAUUUUCACAGCACCUGCUUUAGGUUUUAAAAGUGCAUUAGAAUACUAUGCAGCAGCUGGGUCAAUUCAUAGAUUACCAGAUAUUAAAGUUCCGUUAUUAGUAAUGAACUCUACGGAUGACCCAGUUGUUGGGUCAGAUCCAAUUCCAGACCAUGUCAUUGACUCCAACAAACAUUUAUUAUUGUGUGAAACAGAUAUUGGUGGUCAUCUAGCAUACUUAGAUAAAAAUGAUGAUUCUUGGUCGACAAAGCAAAUCUCUGACUUUUUUGAAAAGUUUGAUGAAUAUGCUCUAUAA